UUGAGGACGGAAGCGCAGAGGUCCGGAGCGGCUGGAACCCGGCCGGCUGUCGCGAUGCGGGGCGCGAGCCGUGGCGGGGUAGCGGGGACGCUGCUGGCACUGUUGCUGGUGCUCUCGGUGAGGAGCGGUGGCGCGUCCAAGGCCAGCGCCGGGCUCGUGACCUGCGGGUCCGUGCUGAAGCUGCUGAACACCCACCACAAAGUGCGACUGCACUCCCACGACAUCAAAUACGGAUCCGGCAGCGGCCAACAGUCGGUAACCGGCGUGGAGGCGUCUGACGAUGCCAAUAGUUACUGGCGGAUUCGCGGCGGCUCCGAGGGCGGGUGCCCGCGCGGGCUCCCAGUGCGUUGUGGGCAAGCAGUGCGCCUCACGCACGUGCUCACCGGCAAGAACCUGCACACGCACCACUUCCCGUCGCCUCUGUCCAACAACCAGGAGGUGAGUGCUUUUGGGGAAGACGGUGAGGGUGAUGACCUGGACCUGUGGACAGUCCGAUGUUCUGCGCAACACUGGGAGCGUGAGGCCAGCGUGCGUUUCCAGCAUGUGGGCACGUCUGUGUUCCUGUCGGUCACUGGUGAGCAGUAUGGUAACCCCAUUCGUGGGCAGCACGAGGUGCACGGCAUGUCCAGCGCCAAUGCUCACAACACAUGGAAGGCCAUGGAAGGCAUCUUCAUCAAGCCUGGAGCAGAUCUCUCUACGGGUCAUGAUGAACUCUGAGAGCUGAUGGGGAAGGGGAGGGGGCUGGGUAGGGAUUCUGCAGGGCCACUUUGUGUAAGACAUGCUUGCAGGGCCCUCAAGUGCCUUUAUGAUUAAAGAAUGUUGGUUUGUGAUUAUAUUUGCUGUAACCCCAGCGAUGAUCUGGAGGUAUCAGUCAUAUCUGUUCAAGUUACCAUCUCAAUCUCACCUGUCUCUGGGUACUUGUACCUGUUCCUGUUCAAACUUUUUUUUUUUUUUUUUAAAUGAGAUAGUCUCACUGUGAACCCUGGCUGGCCUAAAAUUCACAGAGAUCCACCUGCCUCUGCCUCCU